CGCAUGUGUCUUUGUCGGUCCACGGAAAAGAAAGGAAAUUUUGAAAGAUGACAGACAAGGAUCCUGGCGAGGGUUUUGAUGAUGCGGUUGAGGAGAGGGUCAUCAAUGAAGAAUACAAAAUAUGGAAGAAAAACACUCCCUUUUUGUAUGACCUUGUUAUGACCCAUGCAUUGGAAUGGCCAAGUUUAACAGCACAGUGGUUGCCAGAUGUCACACGACCAGAAGGAAAGGACUAUUCUCUUCACAGACUUAUUUUAGGAACACACACCUCAGAUGAACAAAACCAUCUCCUGAUUGCAAGUGUUCAGCUCCCUAACGAUAAUGCCCAAUUUGAUGCCUCACAUUAUGAUAGUGAAAAAGGAGAGUUUGGAGGUUUUGGUUCUGUUAGUGGAAAGAUUGAGAUAGAAAUCAAAAUAAACCAUGAAGGAGAGGUGAAUCGAGCAAGAUAUAUGCCACAAAAUCCUUGUGUCCUUGCCACGAAAACACCAUCAAGUGAUGUUUUGGUGUUUGACUACACAAAGCAUCCAUCCAAACCAGAUCCAAGUGGAGAAUGUACUCCUGAACUGCGUCUUAAAGGUCACCAAAAAGAAGGAUAUGGAUUAUCCUGGAACCCAAAUCUGAAUGGCCACUUGUUGAGUGCUUCUGAUGAUCAUACAAUAUGUCUUUGGGAUAUCAAUACCACACCAAAAGAGGGCAGAGUCAUAGAUGCUCACACCAUUUUUACAGGCCACACAUCUGUUGUAGAGGAUGUGGCAUGGCAUUUACUCCAUGAAAGUUUAUUUGGUUCUGUUGCUGAUGACCAGAAAUUGAUGAUCUGGGAUACACGAUCAAAUGACACUACAAAACCCAGUCACACAGUGGAUGCCCAUACAGCUGAGGUCAACUGUCUGUCUUUUAACCCCUACAGUGAAUUUAUAUUGGCCACUGGGUCAGCAGACAAGACUGUUGCUCUGUGGGAUCUCCGAAAUCUUAAACUGAAAUUACAUUCAUUUGAGUCACACAAAGAUGAAAUCUUCCAGGUCCAAUGGUCACCCCAUAAUGAAACCAUUCUGGCUUCCAGUGGAACAGACAGAAGACUACAUGUCUGGGAUUUGAGUAAAAUAGGAGAGGAGCAAUCAGCAGAGGAUGCUGAAGACGGACCUCCAGAAUUACUGUUCAUUCAUGGAGGACACACAGCUAAAAUAUCAGACUUUUCAUGGAAUCCCAAUGAACCCUGGGUAAUUUGCUCAGUGUCCGAAGACAACAUCAUGCAAGUAUGGCAAAUGGCAGAAAACAUCUAUAAUGAUGAAGAACCAGACACACCAGCUGGAGAUUUAGAACAGACCUCUUCUUAGAAACGAACUUGUGAAGUUUGUUCAGUUCUAACAGUUAUGGACCAAAAUACUCUCCUGUAGAAACUAAUCAAUGACAAUAGAUUUUCUGGGUAUGAAGAAAAUACACCAAUAACUAAGGAUAAUACCAGGAAACGUGCUGCCAUUCAAUUUGGUUUCGAGGAGAUACCUUUUCAGCAGAAUUCAAAAGGCAAAAAUCUGGAUGCCCUGGAGUGCUGUCUAAAUUCUUAAGUGUACAAAAUAUAAUUUAUUCCAAAUUGACAGGUUUUCUGUUAAAGUAUCUGUACUGCCUGGUAGGUGCAGGAGUUGCACAGUCCACAGAAAAGAUAGUUGUCAAAUAUUGAAUAUUGUUUGUGGGGUUUGUUAGAUAUAGCAGUGGAGUGCACCAUCUCCACAGUCAUGAGAGUACAUUAAAGAUCAUCUGGUAGUUAGGUUGGUGCUAACAGUAUGGGAUUGAUUUGUUACCAAGAUCCAUUGGUAACAUUUUAUAUACAGUACAUCAAUGAAAUUUUGAAUAAAACGGACUCAUUCAUGUUAUUGUAUUCAAAAUCACUAACGAACAAAUUUAAUAUGUUUGCUAACAUUUUUUAAAAGAAAUUGAUGCCCUUGCAUAUUGAAAAACCAGUGAACCUUGGUAUAUUGAGUUAUGUAUGUGUUCUGAAGGGUGGGUGGGGUUGUAUACAUCACAGGUUGAAAUAUCUGAAAAUAAUUUUUUGUGCGUUCUGUCUUUUUUCAUAACAAGCUGACACCUAUGAAGAUGUUGAUUAAUCAUGUACAGUAACAAUUCAGAUUGUCAGUUGUCGUGUAAUAUUUUACAAUGAAAUAAAGUAUGUAAAACAU